AUGGCCGGGGCCUCGGUGAAGGUGGCGGUGCGCGUCCGCCCCUUCAAUUCCCGAGAAAUGAGCCGCGACUCCAAGUGCAUCAUCCAGAUGUCCGGAAGCACCACCACCAUCGUUAACCCCAAACAGCCCAAGGAGACGCCCAAAAGCUUCAGCUUCGACUACUCCUACUGGUCACACACGUCGCCGGAAGACAUCAACUACGCCUCACAGAAGCAGGUGUACCGCGACAUCGGCGAGGAGAUGCUGCAGCACGCCUUCGAGGGCUACAAUGUUUGCAUCUUCGCCUAUGGGCAGACCGGGGCCGGCAAGUCCUACACCAUGAUGGGCAAACAGGAGAAGGACCAGCAGGGCAUCAUCCCACAGCUCUGCGAGGACCUGUUCUCCCGCAUCAACGACACCACCAAUGAUAACAUGUCCUACUCCGUGGAGGUCAGCUACAUGGAGAUCUACUGCGAGCGUGUCCGCGACCUCCUGAACCCCAAGAACAAGGGCAACCUGCGCGUCAGGGAGCACCCGCUGCUGGGGCCCUACGUGGAGGACCUGUCCAAGCUGGCCGUCACCUCCUACAACGACAUCCAGGACCUCAUGGACUCGGGGAACAAGGCUCGGACCGUGGCAGCCACAAACAUGAACGAGACCAGCAGCCGCUCCCACGCCGUCUUCAACAUCAUCUUCACGCAGAAGCGCCACGACGCAGAGACCAACAUCACCACGGAGAAAGUGAGCAAGGUCAGCCUGGUGGACCUGGCCGGGAGCGAGCGGGCUGACUCCACGGGGGCCAAGGGCACGCGCCUCAAGGAGGGAGCCAACAUCAACAAGUCCCUGACCACCCUGGGCAAGGUCAUCUCCGCGCUGGCCGAGAUGGACUCUGGGCCCAACAAGAACAAGAAAAAGAAGAAGACAGACUUCAUUCCCUACAGAGAUUCGGUGCUGACCUGGCUCCUCCGGGAAAACCUGGGCGGGAACUCGCGGACAGCGAUGGUGGCGGCGCUGAGCCCCGCGGACAUCAACUACGACGAGACGCUGAGCACCCUGAGGUACGCGGACCGGGCCAAGCAGAUCCGCUGUAACGCCGUCAUCAACGAGGACCCCAACAACAAGCUGAUCCGCGAGCUGAAGGACGAGGUGACGCGGCUGCGCGACCUGCUCUACGCCCAGGGUCUCGGCGACAUCACCGACACCAACACUGUGCCCGGAGGACCCAAAUAUGUGUCCGACCUUGAGAACAAUAACCGUAGCUGUGGCGGGCCCGAGCUGAAGCCAGCCCCUGACAAUCUCUCCACAGUGACCAACGCCCUGGUGGGCCUGAGCCCCUCGUCCUCGCUCUCGGCCCUGUCCAGCCGCGCCGCCUCCGUGUCCAGCCUGCACGAGCGCAUCUUGUUUGCCCCGGGCAGCGAGGAGGCCAUCGAGAGGCUGAAGGAGACAGAGAAGAUCAUCGCUGAGCUCAACGAGACCUGGGAGGAGAAGCUGCGGCGGACGGAAGCCAUCCGGAUGGAGAGGGAAGCGCUGCUGGCUGAAAUGGGCGUGGCCAUGAGGGAGGAUGGCGGCACCCUGGGGGUGUUCUCUCCCAAGAAGACGCCGCAUCUCGUCAACCUAAACGAGGACCCGCUCAUGUCCGAGUGCCUCCUCUACUACAUCAAGGAUGGGAUCACCAGAGUGGGCCGGGAGGACGCGGAGAAGCGGCAGGACAUCGUCCUGAGCGGGCACUUCAUCAAGGAGGAGCACUGUGUCUUCCGGAGCGACUCCCGAGGGGGAAGUGAAGCUGUGGUGACCCUGGAGCCCUGUGAGGGGGCAGACACCUACGUCAACGGCAAGAAAGUCACGGAGCCCAGUGUCCUGCGGUCAGGAAACCGCAUCAUCAUGGGGAAGAGCCACGUGUUCCGGUUCAACCACCCCGAGCAGGCGAGGCAGGAGCGCGAGCGCACGCCCUGCGCGGAGACGCCCGCCGAGCCGGUGGACUGGGCCUUCGCCCAGCGCGAGCUGCUGGAGAAGCAGGGCAUCGACAUGAAGCAGGAGAUGGAGCAGAGGCUCCAGGAGCUGGAGGACCAGUACCGCCGGGAGCGCGAGGAGGCCACCUACCUGCUGGAGCAGCAGAGGCUGGACUACGAGAGCAAGCUGGAGGCCCUGCAGAAGCAGAUGGACUCCAGGUACUACCCAGAAGUGAACGAGGAGGAGGAGGAGCCGGAAGACGAAGUCCAGUGGACGGAGCGGGAGUGUGAGCUGGCGCUGUGGGCCUUCCGGAAGUGGAAGUGGUACCAGUUCACGUCCCUGCGGGACCUGCUGUGGGGCAAUGCCAUCUUCCUCAAGGAGGCCAACGCCAUCAGCGUCGAGCUCAAGAAGAAGGUCCAGUUCCAGUUUGUCCUCCUCACGGACACACUCUACUCCCCGCUGCCUCCCGACCUGCUGCCCCCAGAGGCCGCCAAAGACCGAGAGACCCGCCCGUUUCCCCGCACCAUUGUGGCCGUGGAGGUGCAGGACCAGAAGAACGGCGCCACCCACUACUGGACGCUGGAGAAACUCCGGCAGCGCCUGGACCUGAUGCGUGAGAUGUACGACCGGGCAGCCGAGGUGCCCUCCAGCGUCAUCGAGGACUGUGACAACGUGGUGACCGGCGGAGACCCCUUCUACGACCGCUUCCCCUGGUUCCGGCUGGUGGGCAGUUCAGUCAUCUCUGGCUGCAACAGCUACCCUCUUCUCAACACAUGCAUGAGCGAGCGCAUGGCUGCUCUCACCCCCUCCCCCACCUUCUCGAGCCCCGACUCCGACGCCACCGAGCCUGCCCUCGAGGAGCAGAGCGUGGGGGAGGAGGAGGAGGAGGAGGAGGAGGAGGAGGAGGAGGAGGAGGACCUGGAGGACGACGUCUUUCCGGAGCACGUGCUGUGCGACGGCCGGGACCCGUUUUACGACCGGCCCCCCCUGUUCAGUUUAGUAGGAAGGGCCUUCGUGUACCUGAGCAACCUGCUGUACCCCGUGCCCCUGGUGCACCGUGUGGCCAUCGUCAGCGAGAAGGGUGAGGUGAAGGGCUUCCUCCGCGUGGCCGUCCAGGCCAUCUCAGCCGAUGAAGAGGCCCCUGAUUACGGCUCCGGUGUCCGCCAGUCGGGGACCGCCAAGAUCUCCUUCGACGACCAGCAUUUUGAGAAGUUCCAGUCCGAGUCCUGCCCCGUGGUGGGGAUGUCCCGCUCGGGGACCUCGCAGGAGGAGCUGCGGAUCGUGGAAGGCCAGGGCCAGGGCGCCGACGCGGGGCCCUCAGCCGACGAGGUCAACAACAACACCUGCUCAGCGGCGACCCCGGAGGGCCUCCUGGACAGCCCCGAGAAAGCCGCGCUGGACGGGCCGCCGGACGCCGCCCUGGACCACCUCGGCCUGGGCAGCACCUUCACCUUCCGCGUGACCGUCCUGCAGGCGUCCAGCAUCUCCGCUGAAUACGCUGACAUCUUCUGCCAGUUCAACUUCAUCCACCGUCACGACGAGGCCUUCUCCACGGAGCCGCUGAAGAACACGGGGAGGGGGCCCCCGCUCGGCUUCUACCACGUCCAGAACAUCGCGGUGGAGGUGACCAAGUCCUUCAUCGAGUACAUCAAGAGCCAGCCCAUCGUGUUCGAGGUCUUCGGUCACUACCAGCAGCACCCGUUCCCGCCCCUCUGCAAGGACGUGCUCAGCCCCCUGAGGCCCUCACGCCGCCACUUCCCGCGGGUCAUGCCGCUGUCCAAACCAGUGCCUGCCACCAAGCUCAGCACGCUGACGCGGCCCUGCCCUGGGCCCUGCCACUGCAAGUACGACCUGCUGGUCUACUUCGAGAUCUGCGAGCUGGAGGCCAACGGCGAUUACAUCCCUGCAGUGGUGGACCACCGUGGCGGGAUGCCGUGUAUGGGGACUUUCCUGCUGCACCAGGGCAUCCAGAGACGGAUAACUGUGACACUACUGCAUGAGACCGGCAGCCACAUCCGCUGGAAGGAAGUGCGAGAGCUGGUCGUGGGUCGCAUCCGAAACACCCCGGAAACCGACGAGUCCCUGAUCGACCCCAACAUCUUGUCUCUCAACAUCCUCUCGUCCGGAUACAUCUACCCAGCCCAGGACGACCGGACCUUUUACCAGUUUGAAGCUGCGUGGGACAGUUCCAUGCACAACUCCCUCCUGCUGAACCGGGUCACCCCUUACCGAGAGAAGAUCUACAUGACCCUCUCUGCUUACAUUGAGAUGGAGAACUGCACGCAGCCGGCCGUUGUCACCAAGGACUUCUGCAUGGUCUUCUACUCCCGCGACGCCAAGCUGCCGGCCUCGCGCUCCAUCCGCAACCUGUUCGGCAGCGGGAGCCUGCGGGCCUCGGAGAGCAACCGCGUGACGGGUGUGUACGAGCUCAGCCUGUGCCACGUGGCCGACGCGGGCAGCCCAGGGAUGCAGCGGCGGCGCCGGCGGGUGCUGGACACGUCCGUGGCCUACGUCCGGGGCGAGGAGAACCUGGCGGGCUGGAGGCCGCGGAGUGACAGCCUCAUCCUGGACCACCAGUGGGAGCUGGAGAAGCUGAGUCUCCUGCAGGAGGUGGAGAAGACCAGGCACUACCUGCUGCUGCGGGAGAAGCUGGAGACGGCCCAGCGGCCUGGCCCCGAGGCGCUGUCCCCUGCCUCCAGCGAGGACUCUGAGGCCCACAGCUCAUCCAGCGCUUCCUCCCCGCUAGUGGCUGAGGGCCGGCCGUCAGCCCUGGAGGCGCCCAACGAGAGGCAGCGGGAGCUGGCAGUCAAGUGCUUGCGGCUCCUCACCCACUCCUUCAACAGAGAGUACACCCACAGCCACGUGUGCAUCAGCGCCAGUGAGAGUAAGCUCUCGGAAAUGUCUGUCACCCUGCUGCGGGACCCGUCCAUGUCCCCUCUGGGGGCGGCCACGCUCACCCCCUCCUCCACCUGCCCCUCCCUGGUUGAGAGCCGGUACGGAGCCGCUGACCUGAGGACCCCACAGCCCUGCUCCCGGCCGGCCAGCCCAGAGCCCGAGCCCCUGCCGGAGGUGGAUUCCAGGAAGCCCCUCUCCCCGGCCCGGGCGACGGCGGCCGACAAGGAGCCCCAGCGCCUGCUGGUCCCCGACAUCCAGGAGAUCCGAGUCAGCCCCAUCGUGUCCAAGAAGGGGUACCUGCACUUCCUGGAGCCGCACACGGCCGGCUGGGCCAAGCGCUUCGUGGUGGUGCGGCGGCCCUACGCCUACAUGUACAACAGCGACAAGGACGCCGUGGAGAGGUUCGUGCUCAACCUGUCCACCGCGCAGGUCGAGUACAGCGAGGACCAGCAGGCGAUGCUCAAGACCCCCAACACGUUUGCCGUGUGCACGGAGCACCGGGGCAUCCUGCUGCAGGCCAACAGCGACAAGGACAUGCACGACUGGCUGUACGCCUUCAACCCCCUCCUGGCCGGCACCAUACGGUCCAAGCUCUCCAGGAGGAGGUCUGCCCAGGUGAGGGUCUGAGCCGAGCCCCCCCGGGACAGCCAGCAGGCCCGGCCCCGCUCCCCCGCCCUCAUCACCGUCCGUCGUGUCAUCCGCCGCCCUGCCCCGACGCCACCGGACAGCCCGUGCCCCCUCCUCCUGGGGACGCCAGCACUGGGCCCCGGGGCCCACCUCUGGCCGGGGACCCACCACACGACCUGUCGUGCUCCCAGCAGAGGCCGCGUUGUUGUCCUUUCUUCUCUCAGAACGCGGCCUGGGUGGGAAGAGCUGGGGGACGCCGGGAAGGCCAGAGGGUGGAAGGCACAGGGGCGUCGCUGCCAUUCUAAUAUUUUUUUAAGCAUAGACAGACUUAUAAUUAAUAUACAUUAGUUAGUGACACUGAAACAGUCCACUCAGAAACUAACUCUAAGACUGUGUUCUAUUUAUAAGUAUUUAUUUCUAAUGCCUUCGCAUAGACCCGUAGGAUUCAGAAGGACCCCCCGCUUGUUCCCACGCACCUCCCAAGCCCCUUAGGGACAGACAGGGCAGGGCAGCCGCCUGGGAAGACCACGUGAGGCGGCGUCUGGACAGGCCGGCACCUCUGGGUUGGCACCCCAGGGGCACACCUGCCCGCCCGGAGCUGAAGCCUCUCCCCAGCUGCACGCGGGGCAGGCCCGGUCCCAGGGUGUGUGUGCGUGCGUGUGUGUGUGUGUGUGUGCACGUGUGUGCGUCUGGGGGGUCUGAUGCCUGUGUCCAAUCAGCACAGAAGGUGGCCCGCGUCACUUCUCGCAGGAGGUAGGGUUCACGUCUCACCUGGACAGCGGUCACCUGAGAUGCGACCGUGCAGGUGACGCCGGCAGCACGUCCCUGGGAGCGUGGUGGGGGAGGGGAGGCAGCAGGCGCCUGGCUGUGGGCCGUCCUGGUGGGAACUGGGAGGGCAAGGGUGAGGGUCCCGCAGGUGUGGGGGGUGGUUUAGAGGUGGUCCAGGCAGUGAGGGGCUUACGGUGCCACAUCUCCAGCCACUGUGAGACCUGGGGUGAGCUCCAGAGAAGAAAUCGUGACUUCCUCUCUUUGCCCCAAGGGAGGAGUUUGUGUGAGUCCCGUAAGCAGACUCGGUGGGGUCAGGUGAGGGUGGCCCGCGCUGGGGUCAUCCGUCAUCAAGGGGGCUUCCUCCUGUACCCGAGGUUGUCACCCAUGUCUUGUUGUGACCGCUCGUGACAGCAUCCAUUUCGUCCUCUCUGCAGACCCCAUGCCUGAGGGUCACCCAGGACUGGGCAGGAGUCAGCCCUGGUCGUGUGUCAUGCCUGGGCCAUAAACCUGUCAGAGAAACCACGGGCCCGGGGUCUUCAGGGACCUAUUCCCGCACCCAGAGGCACAUUCCGCCUCUUUUUAGCUCAAGGGAAAACGGCAACCACAGCACAGGACCCAUGCCCACCACGGCCCCCAAGAGCAGGUGACAGAGGGUUCACGUUCUGGACUGAAGUCAAACAUUGUCCAGAAACCAGGAUGCCUGUGCUCCCCGCACAGGGGUUCCCUGGAGGUAGAGGCCGAGACACAGAGAGCAGAGGUGACAGCACCCUUUGAAACAAGCAGUGACUCUGGCUUUCAUGAUGGCCUUGAGGGCAGGGAGGAGAGACGGGUAGGGUGAGCUGUUCUAAGAUGGGUCGGUUCCGAGAGCCCCGCCUUCCUGGAGGGAGGUUGGCGGUGCAAGGCCCAGGCCACGGCCACUCAGGUCAGCCAGCCUGAGGUCGCGGCUUCGGGAGAGUCUGAGGCCCUCUUGCCCUGGGCACCGGUGUCUGGGGUCAGCCAACCUUCAGAGCACCCGCCGAGUGGGGCAGGGCUGAGGGCAGGGGGCCCCCAGGAGGGUUUCUAGGAAUCGCCCCCGAUUCAGGGGCCUCCAUGGCCAUGGAGGCCUCCAGAGCUGCUUCGUCUGGGCCUCGUGCCGUCUUGGCAGGACUCGGAGCCAGGUGUGAACCACCUGGUGUCCCCUACCCGUCGUUGCUUCCUCCUCUCAGGCCCGCUCUCGUGCCAGGGGCAGGGUCCAAGAAUCCAUCUAAGAGUCAGGAGAGCUGCCCUCUCGUGCCCGGUGUCAUGUAAGCCAGGGAGAAGUGGUUUGGGACUCAGUUUCCACAUCUUAGAAGGGAGGCUGGCCCGGAGGCCCCUGCGGUCCUCAGGCUGUGGGUGCAGACAGGAAAGUCAGGUCUGGCUGUGGUUGCCGGGUACCGCGAGCGGAAAGGAGAGAAGGAUCCGGGAAGGCGUCUCUGCUGGACGGUUUCUGUAUCAGGGCUCGAUGCUGUUCAGGCUGCAGCCUCAUUGCGUUUGAGGGCAGCCCGUGCUCGCCUGGAGAGGGCGCUCAGUCCCUCCAGGGCCGGGUGAGCUCCUUCCGCCGUGGCCCUAGGGAGGAGCCCCAGGCAGGGAGACGCUGGGCUCCAGGCUGACUGGCCCCGGCUCCGAAGUGACCUGGCUGGUGCCCAGGGGCGGGUGUUGAGACGCCCGUAAGUUUCAAGGCCUCUCUGUUCUGAGUCAUCGUUCAUAAGAUGCCAACAUUCCGUUCACUGACAACGUACAGACGUGCACACGCACACACGCACGCACACACCAGGGUGGCUGCAGUGAGGUGGUCUCCCGUCAGUCCUGGUCCCCCCUUGGCACCUCUGGGGCGGAGGUGGCAGGGCGCUCGGGGAGGGUCGCUAAGCGCUGCCGAUGGCACAGGCGUGGGCGGGGUGGCCGCACGGCUCCCCCGUCAGUUCUCCCCAGCGAGGGAGCCCCAGGGGCACCCGCCUUUAUCCUGGGGCUGGGCCCAGCGUUCCCCCGGGAGAGACGGGAGGCUGUGGCUUCUUCCCAGACCUGUGCUCCCUGCAGCCAGCUGUCCCCGCCUUCCCCUGUGGCUUGUACAUACGUGGUUGUGUGGCGCACCCCAGCCCCUGCACCGUAACUACCAUCCCGAUGUAAUGACUCUAAUUCCCUGAUGUCCUAAACCUAAGUGUUAGGCUCUAGGCUCCUGUACCAUGUGUGUGCACUUAAGACUCUGUCCAGUUAAGAAAUAAACAUGGCUCUUUAUGCAACACCA